UCGAUGGAGGCAAAGCUUGCGGCUUACAGAUUACAAAAACGUCGUCAAGCAAUGGUUGAAAAUGCUAAGAAAACUUUUCAUCAGACUCUCACAUCCUGGGAAGACAAAUCUCGUGCUUAUUUGACACAUCGUGAGGACAAGGAUGAGAUUGAAAGUGUUACCUCUGAAGAGAGUAUUGAUGUUUCACCGAGACAGAAUCCAGUUAUGACGCGAUUGAUUUAUCUAUUGUACUUUUUAUUAUGGGCAACAUUGUAUAUGGUGGCGAUACAAUUUGAAUUUGGCGCAGUUUAUUUUAUACUGUCGGCGUUAUUUUUUAUCUGGAAAAAUACGCGAUCAGGACCUAAGAAAAAAGGUGAAAUCAGUGCGUAUUCAGUAUUUAAUCCGAAUUGUGAAGCAAUACAAGGCACUGUCAAUAUGGAUCAACUGGAACGAGAAAUGGGCUUUGGAGUACCGAUUCAUUCAAGAUGAAAAUAAAUUAUAUGUACAAUUUAUUUUUUAAUUUAAUUUAUUUAUUAUUUUAAUAAAUAAUUUAUUAAGUGAUAAGUAAAAUAAGGUGCCUUGCUCAUAUGUACCA